UAUAUAUAUAUGUAUAUAUAUGUAAAGAGAAUGAUCUCUUUAAUUUGAAUAUUCGCGCGCACUGGCAGUUUGUGAGUGAGCCGCGUCGUGUCACGUCAAGCUAGCUGACAUUGUCAAAGAUGUAAAGGGCAAAUAUGCUGAGAUUGUUGAAUUGCAUUUUAAUCUUAUUUGUAAAUUAUUUUAAUACUUAGUUAUAGCUUAACAUCGAGAGGUGAUAACAAUGAACUUUUAUUGUCGUUUCUUUAUUUACAGAGAAACAAAUAGAAGUUUUAUUUAGCCUCUUGCUUGCUAUUGAAAUACAGACUAUUGUCUUAUAAAACGACAAUACUUGUUUAUAAUGUCACAAAAAUUGCAGUUUGCAUUUAAGCUUGAAGCAUCACAAACUGACAAUAAGACGAGUGUAAUUGCCAUAACCUCAAUUACAACAGAAGAUGACAAAAAGUAUACACUGUCUGAGACUGAUAAAUACGCGAGUCGUCACAUAGCAUUAACAAAAACAGAAACCUACAAAAGAGUGAGAAAAAGUUUAAAUCAAAGAGGUCAAGAAAGAACAAUAUGGAUGACAUGUACAGAAGAAAUGAUUCAAGCCUAUUUUGAUGAAGAUAAUAAUUUAAUGUUUAACGACCUAUAUUUAAAAGAAGAAAAAAAACAAACAGAUAUUGUAGAAUCCACACAGAAGAAAAAGGGUCUACUAAAUUUGAAAAAUAUAUCAGAAAGAUUCAUGAUUGAGAAAUUUGUAUGUAAAUUCUCAAAUGCGAAACAAUGGAUAGAAAUAUUCGAGAAUGAAUGUAAACGAUUUGAGAUUGAGGAAGAUACAACAAAGAUAGAAAUAUUAAGAUUAUUUUUGGACAAAACAUGUGCAGAUUGGCACUCGGCAACAUUGAAGACUUUGAAAAUCGAGGCUGGAUGGUCCGAGUGGAAAAAUAAAUUUUUGGACACAUUUGCCGAUAAAGGAUGGAGUUCGGGAAUGUAUGCCAUAUUUUACAAAUAUAAAGAAGGAUCACUGAUGGAAUACGCCAUUAGAAAAGAAAAGUUAUUAUUAGAUAUGGAUGAAAAUAUUGGCGGGAAAAGUCUGGUCACACUUAUAGCAGCCGGCUUACCUGAAUUUAUUAGAAACAGAAUUGAUCCUGAAAAGUGUGAAACCUCAACAAGAUUGCUUCAUGAAAUAAGUAAAUGUGAAAGUUUGGUAAAUAAUAAAAACUUCAAAAUAAAAAAGGAAGAAAAAGAUGACAAUAAGAAAUACAGUUUAGGAAAAAAACCAUGCAAAACCUGUCAGUAUUUAAAUAAGGGUAAUCGAUACCACCCAGAACAGUCUUGUUGGUUUAAAAAAGAAGGGGCAGAUAACAAAAGGAUUGGAAGUAAUUCGGUUAUAGAAGUAAAUCUAAGCGAAGAGACAAAAAACGAGUAAUCACACCAUUGAUAAAAAUAAAUAUGUUAUUAGAAGACAAAAUACAAAUAAAUGGAAUAUAUGAUUCAGGCUCACAAGUGUCUCUGAUAAACAAAAGGUUAGUUAGAACACAGAAUGAUUCUGUGGAUACAAAUAGAAUAUUAUUAAGAACUGUCAAUGGUGUGACAUACACAAAAGGUUUAAUAAGAAUAAAAGUAAAGAUUUUUGAUAUAGAAGAAUAUGUUGAUGUUUUUAUUGUAGACAAACUGGAUUUUGAAGAUUUCAUUAUAGGACUAGAUAUGAUAAAAAAAUUUAAAUUAGCUCAAAAUGAAGAUUUAAAAAUUUUACAAAAGACAAAGAGGGAGAUAAAUACUAUAAAUGCAUUUGAAGAGAUAGAGGAAAUUAAAGUCAAUUUUAAUGAGCAUGUGAAUAAAAAUGACUUCAUAACAAAUCUACAUCACUUGGACAAUAUCAAAAAGUCCCGAAUACACAAUUUAAUACAGAAUUAUAAUACUAUAUUUGCCAAAGACAAAUAUGAUGUAGGUACAGUAACAGAUUAUGAAGCCCGGAUAGACUUAAUGGUGGACAAGUACUGUAGCAAAAGACCAUAUCGUUGCACAUUAGAAGACAAAAUAGAAAUAGAAAAACAGGUGGGUAAUUUACUAAAAAAUAACUUAAUUGAGGAAUCAUACAGCCCAUUCGCAGCACCAGUUACCUUGGCAUUUAAAAGAGACGAAAAUACAAAAUCGAGACUCUGUAUUGAUUUUCGUGAACUAAACAAGAUAGUCAUACCACAAGCACAACCAUUUCCAUUGAUAAGCGACUUGAUUGUUAAAGCAAGAAAUUGUAAAUAUUUUACCACACUGGACAUAAAUUCCGCGUUUUGGUCUAUACCACUACGUAUUGAGGACAGACAAAAGACAGGAUUUGUCACACAGGAUGGACAUUAUCAAUGGACUUGCCUACCAUUUGGAUUGAAAACAUCACCUGCCAUUUUCCAGAGAAUUUUAUCAAAUAUAUUAAGAGAUAAUAACUUGAAAGACUUCACAGAAAAUUACAUUGAUGAUAUCUUAAUAUUUUCACAAUCGUUUGAAGAACAUAUAGAUCACAUAGAAAAAGUACUCAAAGCAAUAAUAAAAGAAGGAUUCAGAUUAAAAUUUAAAAAAUGCACAUUUGCAGCAACAUCAGUGAAAUACCUAGGACAUAUAAUAGGAAAUAAUACGGUAAAACCGCUCAAAGAUAACAUUAUUUCAAUAAGAAAUUUCCCAACACCCAAAACCCGAAAGAAUAUUAGACAGUUUCUGGGAAAGAUUAACUUUUACCACGAAUACAUACCAAAUAGUUCGAUAUUAUUGGAUCCACUACAUAAAUUAUUGAGGAAAGAUGCCCAGUUUAUAUGGUCAGAAGAAUGUGAAGAAACUUUUUCUAAUAUAAAAAAUAUAUUAUGCUCACAACCGGUACUCGAAAUAUUUGAUAAAGACCUGCCUAUUACAAUUUACACGGAUGCCUCGUUGAAUGGUAUAGGUGCAAUAUUAAAACAGAUUCAAAAAAAUGGUAAAGAAAAACCAGUUGGUUAUUUUUCAAAAAAACUCAAUGAUUCACAAAAAAGAAAGAAGGCAAUAUACCUUGAAUGCUUUGCAAUAAAAGAAGCUAUCAAAUACUGGCAAUAUUGGUUGAUUGGAAGAAAGUUCACCGUUUUUUCGGAUCACAAACCACUAGAAAACCUCAACAUAAAGGCUAGAACAGACGAUGAACUUGGUGAAUUAACUUUUUAUUUGUCACAAUAUGACUUCAACAUCAAAUAUAUUCCGGGGAAGAAUAAUACGGAAGCAGACAGUCUCAGUAGAAACCCAGUAUUGGAAGAUAAUGAUAAUGAUGAAGAAAUUUUAAAAAUGGUGAAUCUGAUAACAAUAGAUGAUAUUAAGGCAGAUCAGCAGAAAAACGAGAAAAUAAAGGAAAAGAAAACCAAAAUAAUCGAAAGAAAUGGGAUACUAUACAAAAAAGAUCGAAACAGAGAAAAAGUUAUAUUAUCGGAAGAAGCGAGUGUAAAAUUAAUAAAGGAAACACACACCGAAUGGUGUCAUUUAGGGAUCAACCAAAUGAUAAAUAAAAUCAGUCCUUAUUAUACAGCAAAGUAUUUAACGAGAAACAUUAAAAGAAUAUGCAAAAAUUGUGAAACCUGUAUAAAAAAUAAAUCGAGAGGCCAGGAUAAAUACGGAUUAAUGUCACAUCUGGGACCAGCCGAAAAACCAUUUCAGAUAAUGUCGAUAGAUACUAUUGGUGGCUUUGGAGGACAAAGAUCAACAAAGAAAUACCUACAUUUGUUAGUUGAUCAUUUUACAAGAUUUGCGUUCAUUCUGACAUCAAAAACGCAAAAUGCUUCAGAUUUCAUCAAGUUAGUAAAAAAAGUUCUGGAGACGGAAAAUAUUGAGAUAUUACUAGCAGAUCAGUAUCCAGGAUUAAAUUCAAAAGAAUUCAAAGAAUUUUUGACAGAUAAUGAUGUAAAACUAAUAUUUACUGCGGUAGAUACACCAUUUUCAAACGGACUCAACGAAAGAUUGAACCAAACACUGGUUAACAAAAUGAGGUGCAAAAUAAAUCAGAAGAAUGAAAAGAAAUCCUGGACGUCAAUUGCAAGAGAAUGUAUAGAUAAGUAUAAUGAAACCGAGCACACAGUGACAGGCUUUGCACCAGUAUAUCUAUUAGAAGGAAAAGUCACCAGUAUUUUGCCACAAGAACUACGACAACCAUUAGAUACAGAAACAUGGGUUCAAAAUAGACAACAAGCACUUGAAAGAUCAAUUAGAUCACAUGCAUAUAAUAAGAAAUUAUUUGAUAAAGGCAGAACACAGUGGGAAUUCAACAUAGGAGAA